AUGGAAAUAGUGGGGUGCCGAGCUGAAGACAACUCGUGUCCUUUCCGCCCCCCAGCCAUGCUUUUCCACGGCAUCUCCGGAGGCCACAUCCAAGGGAUCAUGGAGGAGAUGGAGCGCAGAUCCAAGACCGAGGCCCGUCUGGCCAAAGGCGCUCAGCUCAACGGCCGGGACGCGGGGAUGCCCCCGCUCAGCCCCGAGAAGCCGGCCCUGUGCGCCGGUUGCGGGGGUAAGAUCUCCGACCGCUACUACCUGCUGGCCGUGGAUAAGCAGUGGCACCUCAGGUGCUUGAAGUGUUGUGAAUGUAAGCUGGCGCUGGAGUCCGAGCUCACCUGCUUCGCCAAGGACGGUAGCAUUUACUGCAAGGAGGAUUACUACAGAAGGUUCUCUGUGCAGAGAUGUGCCCGCUGCCACCUUGGCAUCUCUGCGUCGGAGAUGGUCAUGCGCGCCCGAGACUCGGUCUACCACCUAAGCUGCUUCACCUGCUCCACCUGCAACAAGACGCUGACCACGGGCGACCACUUCGGCAUGAAGGACAGCCUGGUGUACUGCCGCGCGCACUUCGAGAGCCUCCUGCAUGGGGAGUACCCGCCGCCGCUGAGCUACACCGAGCUGGCGGCCAAGAGCGGCGGCCUGGCCCUGCCCUACUUCAACGGCACGGGCACCGUGCAGAAGGGGCGGCCCCGCAAGCGGAAGAGCCCCGCGCUCGGAGUGGACAUCGUCAAUUACAACUCAGGUUGUAAUGAGAACGAGGCAGACCACUUGGAUCGGGACCAGCAGCCUUAUGCCCCCUCACAGAAGACCAAGCGCAUGCGCACCUCCUUUAAGCACCACCAGCUGCGGACCAUGAAAUCCUACUUUGCCAUCAACCACAACCCAGACGCCAAGGACCUGAAGCAGCUCGCUCAGAAAACAGGCUUGACCAAAAGAGUUUUGCAGGGAGAACAAAUCUUGGGGCAUUACAGCCAAACAUCCCGACGUUUGAAAAUUCCCUAAAGUAUUAAAAGAAGGGGAAAAGUUUGAUCGGAAAUCCACUGCAGUGAAGACAAAGACACUAUUAGGUUAUGAUAAUCAUACAUUUAAAAAAAUUAUUGAGCCAAAAGAGAGAGAGAGAGACAGAGAGAGAGAGAGAGAGAGAGAGAGAGAAUGAGACUUAAAUGUCAUCUAUUGAAUGUUAACAAACUUUCUGUUCUUUAUGAUGUCUGACACAAAUGAAGGCUUAAAUUAUGUGGCUUAAAAAAGGAAUUAGAUAAACCAUGUAUAAAACCAGAGCAACCUGGCAGUAAUAGAUCCACCCCUCAUUUGGAGAACAUUAUUAUUAAAAAAAACCCCACACAUUUGUUAAGCACAAUAGUUGUAAAAUAAAGUUCACAAGCACUCUCCCUACCUGCCUGCUGAUGUGUAUUAGUCCUAUCUGUUAAUGGCAUUUUCCACUUGUAAAUUCAGAGAGAAGCUAUCACUCAUUUAAGAAGAUAGAGUUCCAAACCCAGUAAUUUUAGUAUUAUUGUCUACUAUUUUCUUUGGAAACAGAAGCCUCUGCAUGAACUUUUUACAUGUGUCACUUCUAGUGUACAUCUCUGUAAUGAUGGCUUAUCUUUGCUGUUUCUUGUAUAAAAAAUAGCUUUCAUUAAUAAACAUUUGAUUUGACGCAAACAU